AUGGCUGGCGGGCGCGGGGGGCGGUGGGGGCCGGGGCCGCUGGCGGAGCCGCGGCGGCUGAUGCGCACUGGGUUGGGGCUCAUCGUGCUGGGCCACGGCAGCCUAGUGCUGGGCGCCAUCGUGCACGGCUCGGUCCUGCGGCACGUGGCCGGCGCCAGCCGCGCCAUCACCCCCGAGUACGCGGUGGCCAACGUGGUGUCCGUGGGCUCCGGGCUGCUGAGCAUCGCCGUGGGCAUCGUCGCCAUCCUGGUGUCGCACAACCUGUCCCGGGCAGCCCUGCAUUGGACCCUACUGAGCGUGUCCCUGUUGAACAGCCUCCUGUCCACAGCGUGCAGUGUGGGCCUGGCACUGGCCAUUGCCCUCACUGUUCGCGGCCGGGGCAUGCACCUUGUCACAGGCUGCAACAGCUCCGCACUGCCUGCUGAUGCCCGUGCAGCCAUAGCGACCAACGACUGUCCUUUCAACACCACACGCAUCUAUGACACAGCCCUGGCGCUCUGGUUCCCCUCCAUGGUGCUAGCGGCCACAGAAGCUGUGCUGUCUGGCAGGUGCUGUUUGGUGGCUCUGAUCUUCCGGGGCAUUGGGCCCUGUGCACGCAGCUACAGCAAAGACCAGCUGGCGAGGCCAAGUACAGUGAAGGAGGGGCCACCACGUGAGAUGCAGCAACUCCUGGCGGGGCUGGCCGAGUCUUGUGCCUAGCUGGAGAGGUGGUGCUGCAGGAGUGCUGUGAUCCAGCGAAGUGAAGUUGCACCUGCACCGUGCUUCUGCCCCGGGUGUAGGCAUGGGUAGGAUGG